AACUUUCCUGCACGUGCUUCCUCCGUAAUUUUCGGUAACAGUUCUUAGAACAGCGCUAAAGAAGAAACUAAUUAAGUGUCCAAGGAAAUAAAUCGAUAAAAAGCAAAAGGCAAGGAGCUUGUAGUUUUAUUUCAAAAAAAUGCAUCCCGAAAUCGGCACUCGUUCCUACGCUGAAGUCGCGAGAACCAAGCAGCGCCCAUCCUCAGGAAUGUCUUUCUCGGCGUCACGUUCCAAUCCACGUGUCAGAAAGUUCUAAAAACGUAUACAUGGAUUGGCCGCCUUUCGGUGACUGUCGUUUCUGAUUGGCUUAAAUUGUUGACUUUGUGUGCCUCCUGAAUACGGCUACAUUGGCGCCAUUAAUCAUUGGCCGAUUCACCGUAUGCAGGCUUUAGAUUGGUUGCUGUGCGGCCGAGCUUCUAAUUAGGGUUGUGCUCUGGCUAUGUCGGCCGCGUUGCUGGAGAUGGAGAUGGUGGGAGCGGGAGCAGUACCGGUUGUGCCUCGGCCGCGGCCGCUGUUGCUUCUCGGUCCUCCCCGUUCGGGUCGUUCAGCACUGUUGUUCCGCGCAGCACUAGCGGGUGCUUCCAUUGUCUCCUCGGCUCGCGUGUUGUUUUUGGCACCGCGGCCCCUGGAGCGGCUUCCGGGCGGGAAAGCAGCUGGAGGAGGAGCAAUCCAGAAAAUCCAUUUCCUGUACCCAUCUUCCUUCCAGGAGCUACUUCAACUGUUGGCCUCCCUGCACCAAACCUUACCUAAUAGCCCCUCCAUGAUUGCACUGGAUGGUUUGGAAGAAUACCUGAACAAUUGUUCCAGUGCCUGUACAGCAGCCCAGUUUGUAGCCCUGUUGCUGGACACAUCUAAUCAUUUCACUCAGAAACGUAGUCCUUUGUCUGUGGGUUGCCAACUGAUUGUUUCCAUGAGGUUUCUGGGAGAAGCUGGGGAAGAAGCAGAACAUUUCUCAGCCAUUGAACGCUACUUCCCAGCAAAACUGUGGCUGCAUCCAGACACUGGGAAAGAUGGUGGUUUAGAUAACCAAAGUUUAACCAGACUGAUUAGGGCACAACUCUUCCAGCCAGGAACAAAGGAUCAAGAAUGGAUAGUGAAAUUUGAUGCACAAGGUAGCAUGACAAUCUCUCUAUUGCCAUGCAAAAAUGAAACUGAGAAUGAAACAGUUUCUGAAAAUAGGCCUUCUGAUUCUUUGAUACCACAAGUUGAUGUUACUCUGCCUAGCUCCCAGAUUUAAAGACUUCUGGACAAUCCUUUGAUCUACAGCAAACACACCUUCCAUUAAUACUGAAUGUAUUUUUUUUUUAAUCAAAGUUUGGGUUUUUCAUUUAGACUGAAUUGGCAAGUUGACAAUUAAAAGAAAUUUAAUCAAUUUUAGUGUUGCACAAAGUUGGAGGUAGCUUGUAUGCUAUAUGGUCAGUUACAGUAUUCUCUUCACUGAUUCCUCUGGAAGGGGUGGUGGUUUGGGCUGCUCCAGUUUCUUCUCAUUGAUAUGGAUUUGUUAGCCUUUGGAAGAAAGGAGGGGGUCCCAUAAUAAAGUAUACUCUGCACAGUAAUUGUCCUAAGUUCUCUCAGGAAGCUAUGUAGGAGAAGCCUUCUAAAAUGUCUACUUGGAGAGUGUCAAAAGGGCUUUUCGGCACUUAGGUCUUCAGCUGCUAUUUACAAACUGGCUGGAAAUGAAACCAGAUUAAGGAAUCCCUUUUCAGAUUUCAGACCCAGUCUUUGCUUUGGCUAAAGUGAUGGCCUGAUAUUCAUUGUGCAUUAUGUUUACAUAGGCCCUGACCAGUGGAUUUUCCUGCUUAUCUCCACUGAAUCAAUAAAAAGGCCAUCCCUUUCAUUACUCUAUUAGUGAACUUGUAAAAAUACUUUUAAUGCCACAAUUUUCCACACACACAUACUUAAAAUGCAGCUUUUGCUGCUGUUCUGGUGAACUUGUGAAAAAAAUGGCAGUGAAAGACAAUGACUAGAUGGGCAAGGAUCUUCCAUUAGCCAAUGGGAGUGGAGGGGACUGCCUGCAGUGAGAUGGGACAUAACAAUCAAGCCAGGCAGCACCACUUGAGCUGGCCCAAGAUAGAAAACUAAGUGUCAAUUUUGAAUGGAACCUGGCAAAAGUCAUUUCUCUAUUCCUCAAUUGCCUCACAGAGUGGGAAGGGGGAAGGAGGAUGAAAUACGUUGUUAGACAAAACACUUUCUCAUGGAAAAAAAGGUCAUCUCUACAGGUGGUGAAUAGAGACAGGGGGGAGUGCCUGGAGAGCCCACCAAUUAACCUAAUUGGCCAACGUAACUUGUGACUUUUGGGGGAGGGAGUUAUUUCCUAUUAUACUGAAACUGCGGGGAAACAUUUAGAGUUGGUUUUCCAUUUGAUUGUGCCAAUAUGAUGUACCCAAUAAAGAAGUUCUUAGAGGAA